AGUUAUCACAAAACUCUCGUCAACGCUUUAUAUCUCGGAACCUUUUUCUGUUAUGGCUUUUGGGUUUCCCUCAGUUUCAUGAUCUGCUUCUACUCACAAAAAAAAAAGUACUUUUUUUUUGUGCUGUAAAGAGAGUGUUUAAAAAGUUCCAAACUUUGAUUAAGUGUUGAUUUUCACGUGGGACUUGGAAGUGUGGCCUACUUGCGUAUUUUUCAUUUUCCAUUGUGGGGUUCCAACGAUUUUUGGGUUGAUCACUUUAAAAGGAUCUUUUUGAUACAAUCUUCUUCAGUACUUUACCACAAACUGAGAGUGGGCUGAGAAUGUAUCUGGUGGAGAGCAAAGGAGGCGCCGUAGCCUGUAUGCUUCUUGCCCUCUUCUUCUUGGGCACAUGGCCUGCCAUCUUGACCCUUUUGGAAAGAAGAGGCAGGCUGCCUCAGCACACCUACCUUGAUUACUCCAUCACCAAUCUCUUGGCCGCUGUGCUCAUCGCGUUUACGUUCGGCCAGAUUGGCGAGAGCACGCCUGACAAGCCCAAUUUCCUAACCCAACUCUCUCAGUACAAUUGGCCAUCUGUGAUGUUUGCAAUGGGAGGAGGGGUGGUCCUUAGCCUUGGAAAUCUCUCCACUCAGUAUGCUUGGGCUUUUGUUGGUUUAUCAGUUACUGAAGUGAUCACUUCAAGCGUAACAGUUGUCAUAGGAACAACCUUGAACUACUUUUUGGAUGAUAAAAUUAAUAGAGCUGAGAUCCUUUUCCCUGGGGUUGGUUGCUUCUUGAUCGCGGUGUGUCUUGCCUCUGCCGUCCACCCAUCAAAUGCAGCUGAUAAUAAAGCAAAGCUUCAAAAUUUGGCAUCUGAACAGAAGGAAGGGGAAACAGAUUUACAAGUCUCUACAUUUGCAGAAAAGGAAGAUCUGGAAUAUGGCACGGUCUCUUCCACGAAGGCAAAACAUGGGACCGCAGAGUUCCUUGUGCAGCUUGAGAAAAGGAGAGCAAUUAAAGUGUUUGGGAAAAGCACUUUCAUUGGACUGGCCAUAACCUUCUUUGCCGGUGUUUGCUUCUCUCUCUUCUCACCAGCAUUCAACUUGGCAACAAAUGAUCAAUGGCACACCUUGAACGAUGGGGUUCCUCACUUGGUCGUCUACACGGCAUUCUUUUACUUCUCGGUGUCUUGUUUCGUCCUUGCCAUCAUCCUCAACAUCACCUUCCUUUACUACCCUGUGCUUAACUUACCAAAAACAUCAUUCAAGGCUUAUCUAAAUGACUGGAAUGGCAGAGGCUGGGCUUUUUUGGCUGGCCUUCUCUGCGGGUUCGGCAAUGGGCUCCAGUUCAUGGGAGGGCAAGCCGCAGGCUAUGCCGCGGCAGACGCUGUUCAGGCACUUCCACUUGUGAGCACUUUUUGGGGGAUUCUUCUGUUUGGAGAGUACAGAAAAUCGUCAAGAAGAACAUGCAUAUUGCUGAUCAGCAUGUUGUCUAUGUUUAUUGUUGCUGUUGGUGUUCUCAUGGCAUCAUCAGGGCAUCGUAAAUAAGUACAUACAGCUGCAAACAAGUCUGUACUUUUCCUUUUCUGGGUUCAAGGCAUUAAAGCUCAUAUGCUGAAAAGAGCAGGCAUUUACCGCAAGGGUGAAGGGAUAAGUUGCCAAACAGUCGCAUCAAGAUGCCUUUUUUUUUUUUUCAAACUUUCUGGAUGAUUUUGUGCAGAUAUGUGGAUUUAGAACAUUUGCAUUUUUAUUUAAAAAAAAAAAAAAAAAAAAAAACAAACAACAACAACAACAUUGCAUUUUUGUCC